UCAAGGUGCUUAUUGACUUGUGGUGAUCCCAAGAGUUCCAUAGGGUUUCCUAAGUUUCUUAAGUCCAUUUCCAAAGGACAGCUGCCAGGAUUCUGUGAGAUGGCGCCAAUGAAGUCAAGGGGGGACAAUUUGUGCACAAUGCAGACCGAGUUCUGUCUGAAGCGUGAGGCGUAUUACACGCACCAUCCCAACUUGACUCAGUAUUUUGUCCCUGUGACCGAUGUUGAAUUUCGAGAGCGCUUGGAGCAGCACCAGGGAGAGAUUGCCGUCAUGUUGAGAUCUUCGGAGUUCAAUCAAGACAAGACCACCUUGAUUGUGACUAACAACCCACUCCCUCUGCUCAUUUCUGGUCAACACCUGUCCACACCUUUCCGUUUUUUCCCAGAAGACUUGCUAGCAAAGGUGCCAUCCUAUCUGCCCCCUGUGAAAAUGCCAGAGCAGCAGCUCUCGAGGCCAACUGUAAAGAAGCUGAAAAAAUCGUCUCCGUUCAGGUUUGCCAACAAAAACGAUUUCGUGACGGAAGCUCAUUUUUCCAAGAAUUAUGCUGAGAAGCGGCUGCAGAGACUGUACCCCAACUUGCGGACUCACAUGAGACCAGGUCAGCCAGCGAUGGAAUCCCUUCCUAGCAUCCAAGGCUUUCCUGCCCCAAGGAUCCAAUGGGAACCUCUCACCAUGUCCUGCUUGACCGAACUGCAUCCUACGCUGACUGUGCCGGGAAACAAUGGCUUCCGAUAUGGGAAGGCUCCCCUCUGGAUUGUGAACAGCUCCGUGGUGUCGAGAAAUAUCAAAUAA